CGUCCUCGCCGGGAGCCUGUUCGCAGGCUAGCGCACAUGGCAUGGAUCGGUGGAUUUACUUACCUCUAUUCAUGGACGUCCACCUCGUAAAACAGUCUAGCGUUGGGUUUUAAACUUCUUUCAGUACUCGAAUAUUGAAUAAAAAAAAUAUUAUUCGCCAAUUUUUCAUUGUGAAAUAUUAGCAACGUAAUACGAACUUUGUCAAAUUAACCGCUUUAAUUAAAAGACGCUUUUCGAUUUUUUUUUUUUUAAUUUCUCGAAGUACGCGGGUGUGUACAUAGAUGGCUGCUACGCCCCUAGAGGCUAUUCAUUUGCGUGGAACGUGGGUGACAGGACGUCUGCGCGUGUUCUUUUUCAAGCUCGGUUACUGAGCGCGUGGAAUCAAUUAAUACAAAUUAGCUUACUGAGUGCUUCGUUGCAUGAAAAUUUAACGCCGCGUCGUGUUCGUCUGUAUUCACCCAUCCAAUGAACUGAUGUGGUUUCUUUGACCAUCAGGAAAAAUGAAAGUGGUUUUCCUUUGCAAAGGAACUAGAGGUGAUGUGGCUCCUAUCCUGGCCCUAGCGGUGAGCUUUAAACAAAACAGCCCGACAGAUAACUGUACGCUUGCCACCCAUGCAUGCCACAGACUGAAAUUUGAUAGCAUCCUUAAAAAGUAUGACAUUGAUUUCAUGGCUGUGGAUGAGCUAGGGACAGAUAAUGGACCUCGUAACCUUGAGAAAAUGGAGCUUCAAGUAUGCAGUGGAAGAGGUUUCUCUAAGAGUCAGCAACAAGAUCGAAUUAUAGAGAUGCAUGGAAGCUUACGAGCUUGCCGAGGGGCAGAUGGCAUUGUUUUUAACCUCUUUGCUUGUGAGGGUUGGUUCAUUGCUAAGUAUUUUGAUGUACCAUGUGUCGCAGCAUCCCCAUUUGCUGUCACCAGAACCCCACCUGUAACAUUCGAAGGCAAAUUUGUUGAUGCUUACCCAGAUUUGUACCAGAGACUACGAAAUUCAGCUCAAGGUCAAGUGAGUUAUGGUGACAUUGACCACUGGAUGUGGCGACUGUACUUGGAUGAUUUUGGUGAAUUCUGUGACAGUAUUGGCUUACCUGUGUGUCCUUAUGCCGAGCUGAGGCCUGAUGACCCCCUUCCACCACCCACUACCUUACUGUAUGGGAUCAGCCCACGAGUGAUUGAGAAACCACAGUACUGGCCAGAAAGUGUUGUCCUGUGUAGUUAUUGGUUCUUGGAAACCCCAGAUGAGCCUAUUAACGACAUCAAGGUGUAUCAUCCCACAUCAGGAUACAGUACCCUGCCAGAUUUUUUGUCUAGUUUUAAAGGCAGUGGUGAACGACCAGUUUACAUUGGGUUUGGCUCCAUGGAAGAGCUGGGAUUCUUUUCUAGUAUUGACUGCGUUGAGCUUCUUGCUGUACUGAAUGAAGGUCUUGUUCAGUGUGGCAAGAAAGCCCUAUUGCAGCUUUCCCCCCAUUCUAAUCUACUCAAGAGCUGGGAAAUGGUAUGUAAAAACUUCCAAAACUGUCACAUCCACUGUCUAAUGGAGUUCGUCCCACAUUCCAAGCUCUUUCCCUUAUGCCAGACUGUAGUUCAUCACGGUGGUAGUGGAACAGUUGGUAUGGCAUUGAGGUGUGGCAUUCCGCAGAUAGUGUGCCCAUUCAUGUUUGACCAGUCAUAUUGGGGUGACAAAGUAUCCUGGAUGGGGGUGGGCGAGUCUGUCGGCCACCCAAGGUCACUGGGAGCUGAAGUGUUUGCUUCUGCCCUAGUUAAUGUUGGAAACCCAGAGGUGCGAAACAUGGCUGCUUCAUAUGGGAAAAUGUUACUAGGGGAAGAUGGUUUGGAUUAUGCGGUCCAGCAACUUAGAAAAGAGUUAAAAAGGAGAUAACAAAUUUCAUGAAAUCACUAUUAAGUUAUUGUGUAUUAAUAUAAAUAGUGACAGAAAUGUAGUUAAUAUACUUGAGUAUAUCAUUUCACAGUAGUCAAUUUUGAUGUCUUUUUAGUCGAGAUGGGCCAGCCGCCUAUAUUUUGUCGUACAGUUUUAAUUGUUUUAAGUGUUUGGUGAUUGGAGAUAUAAAGAAGAGGAUUUGAUUACCCCAAAGUUACUAUUUGUUGCAACUUAACUUACAAUGAGUGGUUCAAACACAUUUUUACUAAAAUGAUUACAGUGUGAUAAAUAAGUUAUUUACUCGAGUUAUUUUAAACUGGGACAAGUCAUAGUUGUGUGGGUCAAUUUGGCAGAGUGCAGACUAAUUUAUUUCUUUUAAAGAAAAAUAUUAAUACUAUUUGUUUUAUAAGUCUAUUCUUCACUUUUGAAUGUUACAGCCCAAGUUACGUCAACUAGUGUUGUGUGCUAGGUUUUAUUUAGUACUUUGAUUCUCAGGACAAGCUCAUAACUGGUUUGCUGUUGUCAAGCCUUAAUCUGAUUGUCAGUGAGUAUAUUUAACUCCUCUAAGUGUAAACUCUUUUUUUGAUUCUGUGGAAAAGCUGAUACCUGGUAACUGUUGACAUGCCUUGAUCAGUACUCUGUUUGACAUCCAGUCAUCCAGUGUUUUCAACUCUUCUUAGAUAACAAAAUGAUCACUUGAAAACAGCAUCUGUUAAUUUAUUAUGAGUGUUGUGUUGUGUUGAAUUCUCGUCAAUUUAUUCUAAAUUAAUAAAGUGUUAAUGGUGUGUAUUGUAGGUGGCCAAGCUACUGUUCCUGUGAGGUAAUAAAGUAAAAACAAUGUUGA